GAUUUUGGACCCAAAACAAUAUGUACAAAAAAUCAUAUAAAUAAUCGAAUUUAUUCCAUCAAAUCUUCUUCCUUGUCUGGAUUUGGUUCACCAUCGUCGGAAAUCUCUGAUCUCUCUCAGGAUCGCUUGUUCGCUACGCAGAUCUCACCUGCCAUGACUCGAGGAAGUCAAAGAGAGCGUGACCGUGAAAGGGCUCUAGCUCGAACCGGAGGCAAAGGAAAGAACAAAGAUGAUGGAUUAACUCCUGAGCAACGUCGUGAAAGAGAUGCAAAAGCAUUGCAAGAGAAGACUGCAAAGAAAGCUGCUCAAGCCGCUGCUGCAGCUAGUUCCGGAGGAGGAGGAGGCAAAGGAAACAAUAAGUGAGAAAAAAUGAUCUAUGCUUCGAUGUUUGUAACUGUGCUUUUGAAUAUGAAAGUUUGGUGUUUGUGUUGAGAAUGUUUUGGCUUCGUUUGGUUUGAGUUUGUAUCAAAACUUAGACUUGGUGAUGUACUUUGAUUAAACCAAUGAUUACUCUUACAAUAUCUAUGAUUACAAGUACAUUUGUCCAAAUUCUUUGUUCUCAAUUGAGACAGAUCUUGCUUUGUUUUUACUUGUUUGAUAGUUUGUUUGUUGGAGUGGUUUGAGAAUGA